CCCGCGCACCUCGUGCCCCCCGCCACACACGACCGCCUCUGGAUGUGGAGAUGCUUUAACUAUACGAGUCAACUGUCUACAGACGGAGUGACGAUCGCAGCGCCAUCUGAAGCAGGACGUUGGUCACUUUGGGCGCUGUCUUUAUCCAAUCGAGGGCUGCGUUUCUCCGCACCGCGUACUAUAAACGUAUUCCGUCCUAUACAACUGGACUUCUCUUUACCACCUGCUCUGAAGGUCGGCGAGACUGUCGAAGUUGAUGUGAAGAUUACCAACAAUAUAAAUAAUUGUAUGGAUGUAACCGCUCUCCUGGCUUUAAGUGCUGGUGCAGCGUUCGCAAGUACCGGAGCUCUGUAUGUGACCGAGCGACUGCGUCUCGGUCCCCGUGGCGGUACUCAGCUGGUGGUUAGAGUUGCUGUAAAUACGCCGGGAAGGAAGAACAUUACUGUGGAAGUAACUGGCUACAGUGCGGACAAUUGUUCCGUUUCAUACACGUCGUUUAACAACGAGACGUUGGUCGGCUCAGUGAUAAGAUCGGCGAGUGUCCUCGUACUGCCAGAAGGACUGCACAGAAGUGACACUCAGAGCGCAUACUUUUGUGCUAACGAGCAUCUUGCGGUGUCAUCCCGUGGCUCCUGGGAGUGGCAGUGGGUGGCUGCUCCUCGCAACCGAGCUGGCUUAGUUCUAGAACUACGAGCGCAGGGCGCCGCGCACGUCGCACUCUCCGCUGUAAAGGAACCCACUGAAGAUAUGUAUAGAGUGGUGUUUGAGAGAACUCGAGUCUGGAUCGCUAAAGGAAAACAUGGGUAUGACGUGCACCUCGCCAGUGCAGAGCAGGCGGAGCAGCGCGGCGAGGAGGAGUGCGCGGGCGCGGGGUCGUGGUGCGCGUGGUGGGUGUGGUGGGAGGGCGCGCGGCUGGCGGUGGGGCGCGGCGCCGCGCCGGCCGAGCGCAGCCUGCUCGUGUGGCCCCUCACUCCUGACACGAGGAUCAACUUUGUAGGAUUUAGCGCUCUGUGGGGAGAAAAAGCGGAUUUCAGAAUCUGGAAUUUCAAUGAAGAAGCAGGUUUCUCUCAAGUCUUGGAGCUCGGUCUUCCUCACGGUGUAGUGCCAGGGUCUGCGAGCGGCACUCUCCUAGUGUCAGGAGGUCUGCAUCUGCCAUUGUACAGUUUACUGACGGACUCCGCUGACCAGUGGUCAGGAGUGUGGAGAGACUCUCAGCUGUCAGCAGCAUCAGCGAGCCUGGCUCCGCUGCUGGCUUUGGAACAUAUUCCACAUUUAGUUGAAGAUAAUGAACGAGAGAAGAUUCUGAAGAAAUUGCCUGAACAGGUCCAGAUAUUAUUAUCGUUUCGAAAAAGCGACAAUUCCUUCAGCGAUCAUCCAGCAAUGAGCAGUCACUUAUCUACAAUUAAAAUGUUGGAAAUCUUAACAAAAAUUCAAUCUUACUACCCAGUGGAUCCCAAUUUACUACAAUCUAUUAAGAAAUGGAUACAAUUGCGACAAGAACCUGAUGGAUCGUUUGCACCUUUAGCUGCUGAUAAGGAAGUAGAUUAUUAUCCAGUGGAUAUGAAGAAGAAUAAUGGAAGCGAAACUGAAGUUAAUGAAUAUUAUUAUUAUGAUAAAGAUGGAAAUAUGACGGACGAGGAAAUAGAAAGCGAAAGAAAAGUUGAAAUCACUGCUGAAACUUUAGCGACGUUACUUGAAGUAGGAAUUGAAAAUGAGUUUGAUGUGAAUGUGGCAAAGAAGAGUCAAGCAUACUUAGAGAAGAAUAUUUACAAUCUAACAUCCCCGGCUGCUCUUGCUGCUACAGUUUUAGCUCUGGUACUUGCAAGGAGCCCGAUAGUUCCUGAAGCUCUAGAAAUAUUAAAAAACGCUUCAACAACAGAGGAAGGCGAGUUCGGAUGGCCAGCUCCAAGGAAAGAUGCUGCAGAUUGGCUACUAGAAGAGACAUCUAGAAACAUAAAAACGACGUCAUACGUUUUGCAUUACACCAUCCUAUUGCAUAACAUCUUUUCUAACUUCAAACAUAGAGCGUUAACUGUAUCACUAGCAACGGCUGGUAUGGAGCUUACUGAUACAUUGGAAUUGCGAGCUAAGACUCCGCCGCGACCGCUGCAGCUGCCUGGACUACCUACUAAAGUGUUUGUUUAUGCCACUGGCGCCGGCUGCGCUACUGUGCAAGGCACCAUAUCGUACUCUACUUAUACUCCUAAAGCUGAAAAUGCUUUAUUGAAUAUUCAAGCUGCUAUCAUCGAGGAAAUUCAUCCUGAGAGGAGUAGCUUAGAAGACCUGCAAGGAAACCUACCGACUUUAAUUAUCAAGACAUGUUUCAAAUGGAAAGGCAAAGAGCGUUCCGGUAUAUUGCGUCUGGAGUCAUCUCUCUUCUCAGGCUAUGAGUUGCACUCCGUUAAUCCUGUGGUACUGGAUGGUGCGACAUUUGCUGACCUGCAUUAUGGCUCUAGAGGGGAAUCUGUUUGGUUUGUCUUCGCCAAUAUCAGUUCUACCUGCCCUGUUUGUGUUACUUACGAAGCUCGGUCGAACUUCAUUAUAACAAGCUUACGACCUGCAUUUGCGAAAAUUUAUCCCUCAACACGUCCAGACUUGGCUGUCGAAACAUUUUUCCACGCAAGACCUGGCAGCCCACUUCUUCGAGGUAUCACUGAUGACGAUUUUAUCACCUGGUUUGAUAAAACUGAAAUAGCAAGUCUGACGACUACAGCAAGUAUUGAUAACAUUUGUGAAUGCGGACGAAUUUGUAGUAGAGAUUAUGAAUUUAGGAAGCAAAAUGAAACAGGUCAUACUCUACUUAAUUUCAAGACAAACGAUAGUCAUGCUGAAAUAAUUGAAAUCGUUACAGUCUCUGAAUUCAAGGAUACCGAACAAACUUCCACACAAGCGCCAAUAACAACAAAUAAAAGCACCUUUGAAGUUACAGAAUUGCCAAUGACUACGAUUAAACCGAUUAUUAAUGAUUCAAAUAUUUUAAUGACAAAUACAAUAAAUAAUCACUUAAAACACAACAAAACCAGUGACUCUUCAAGAAAAAAUGAUUCAAGUAACACAAAUAAUCAAACUCUUGAUAAUCACUUGAAACCUGUGAUAGUUGGUACAAACGAAGACGGGAAUCCUAAAAAGCUGCCGAAAUAUUAUCCCAAAAAAGAAGAAGCAAAGAAAAAAGUUUUAACGAGACGUAAAGGAACUCUCAAAGCAACCUAUGGCGAUAAACAAGAAAAAUUCUUCAUUAAGUCGAAAGAUGAAAUUACUAAUCAAACGCAUCACGUGGAGAUUAAGAUACUGAAAAAAAGUAAUAAUUCCUCUAAACUUUAUAUGAAAAAUGAAAUCAGCAAUCAAAAAAAUCUAACUGAAAUUAAAGAUGUCAACAAUUCAACUUCCAAGGUGAAUAUUCUGACCAUGGACAAUCAGAUCAAAAAUGUAACUAACGAGUCAGUGUUUUCGCAUAAAGAAACUACUCUCAUCCCUCAUACGAUAGCUGCAAUAACUAAAAGUAAUAUACAAACAAUGCAUUACAAAACUAAAAAGCCAAAACCCAUAACACAAAUUGUAAAACCACGAGUAAACAUGAAAAUGAACAACACAAGCGCUGACUUGGAGGAAAAAGAUAAAAACGUUAAUAUCAAAAAAAAACCAAAACCAGCUACAGUUGAAAAAUCUGUAACAAAAUCAUUGAAAUCUAUUAAUAAAGAAAUUCACAAAAUACCUCCAACACCGAUUUCUGAAACUUCUAAAUCUCUAGCUGAGAAUGUUAAACCUGACAUAGCUCCAGAAAAUAAACAAGGUUAUGAAAUUCUUGAUAAAAACCGUCUUUGGGAACUACUUAAGGAAGGAAAUGAAGCGGAAAUGGCAAAAAUCGAUGACAAACUACAAAUAAAUAACAGAAUAAACGUGUCAAAUCUCACAAACAACAAUCGUUCUUUAUAAACAUAACUGUUAUAUAAUUCAUAAGUUUAAAAGACUUCAGUGAAUAUUUUUGUAACAUUCUCUAAUUAAUUUAACCAUUAAUUAAUAAUAGAUAAGAAUCUAAGACGUAAAUUUCCUAAUAAUGUAAUAAUUCCGUGUUUUUUAGAAUAAAGCACUCAAUAAUGAAUUGUAAACGAAGAAUGCGAUGUAAAUAAUUUGGAAGUUAUCUCAAUAGCAAAGCUGGUGAAGUGUGUUGUGACGAUUUGUAUGAAUGUAACAUUGCUCAAAGCCUCUAGAUAAUUUAGAUUACAACAUGUAAUAUUAAAUUUAGAUUAUUAUAGUAGUUCAGAUUGCCAAAUUUAAUAUUAAGGGCUUUGUAGUAACAUCUAUGGUAAAUAAUUUAGAAUGAAAAAUCUGAAAAUUAAAAAGAACACUAAAACAUAAAUGUUUGAAUGGGAAUUAAGAAAGUCUGUUGUGAAAUGGUUGUAUAUUCCAUAUUUUAAUCAAAAUUCCCUUGAAAUUACAAUAAUUUCUACGGUGUGAUUUUGUACAUACAUUUCUUAAAGUUGCCAAAAUUAUAUUAGAUGCUCUUUUAAUCCUAUCCUAUUCUAUCCUUCUUAGUAAUAAUCUUUUAGCGUAUGAAUUAGAACUUUUAGAUUAACCUUAUGCUAAUUGCCCCCAGAAUUUCCAUCCGUCUAUCGUCUUAUGUAUUGUACGUAAAUGGUAGUCUUACUAUAGCUGUCUAAUCUUAUAUCUUUUCCUGAAAUUGUAAAUCAUUCAGCCAUUAUCAGAAAAUUAUGUUUCGUGGAAUUUUCAUUUAAGAAUUCUCGGAACCACUUUUUUCAUUAACAAGUCAUCUCUACUCCAUCUCAUGACCUCUGAUUUACAAUUUCACUCCUUUCCUGUAGAAGUAGAAUUUAUAAUUUUUAAGUACUUUAAUUACUAACUAAAUGUUGAAUAAUUUAACGAAUUUCUUCUUUCCUACUCUUACUGU